UCACAAAUCACAAUGCAAAGUGCAGACGACAAAACGGAGUUAUAAGCUCAAUAUUAUAAAAUAGGUUUUACGAACAGCUAAGCGCAGUGUUGCUCAGCAUCUCGCAUAGUAAGCCGUAUUGUAAAAUUAAAAUAACAACAUUAUGGCCCGUUUGUUUAUUUUUUGUGUGGGGAUUUCCCUGUGCGCGACAUAUACAUUAGCUGUGGGAAGCGCUGAAAUCAAGUGUUUUAGUAGACGUCAUGAAGUUGAAAAAUGUGUGAAUGAAUGUCCUCCCGAGAGAACGUGCAAGAACAAAGAUGUAAAGUUUAGUUGCCAUAAUAUUGACAAAGAGUGCGAACCAAAGUGCGUAUGUGAAGAUGGCUACUUCAGGAAUCCACUGGGUGAUUGUAUUUCGACAGAAAACUGUGAGCGCUGCUCAGGUGAGCACGAGUACUACUCCUGCGGCGGUUUCUGCGACAACGUGUGCUCGAACCUGCGCGAGCAGAACAAAACCCACUGCCCCGUAGUCAACAUAGUUUGCAACCAGAAGUGCUACUGCGAAGACGGCUACGCCAGAGACGAGCGGAACAGGUGCAUACCUAUCGCAGAAUGCAGCCAGAACUCAGAAGAGAGAAACUAGAUCAAGUCAAGUAAUCAGUGGAAUGAAAAUGAGGAAUAUCGAGUGCCAUAAAACCUGCCCACCUGAGACAUGUCACUCGAUCAACUCUGUAUUCGACUGCAGAAAAGCUCCACCCAGAAAUGUAACUAAUACCACAGAAUAUAUAUUAUUAGUACCAA